AUGCUUAAGGCUGUGGGGGAGAUCUUUGUCCGCCACAGAGCUCAAGACAUAUUCGGUAUUCACCUGCUCCACAGUCAUUUUACCGCUCCCAAGGGUACUGUCCUUCUCGGUAUCGAAUUCCCAAUUACGGAUACGACACAGGCGUGCUGGACCAAGCCCGUACCAGCAGAAGAGCUGGCGGGAAAGCCUGUCCACGGACACGUUUUUCGUAUGCAACCAGAUGGGACCUUUGCUGCGUAUGAGUUCCACCAAGGCGAAGCAGCCUUUAAGAGAGAAAGUAUUGAACUAGAUUUCUUCAAAGAAUUUGCGGACUUUCUCCGACAGAACAACCUGGCCGACUUGCUUGCUCUAGAACUGCUGGAUGGUCCUCAGGACCACAUUUAUAAGGAGCUUCAGGUCGGGCCACAAGCCACUGUUCUUUUAAAUGAGAAAGACGUCAUUGGACUGGGUCUGUCCACCAUCACAACAGGCUGGUCUUUCAAGGUCGGAGACAAUGGGAUCAUUUCUUGCAAGGGCGGCACAGUUUACUCGCCCAAGAAAAACACCCAUGGAGUCUUUGUGGACUCAAAGCCUCUCACUGUGGAGUCGCUGAAGAAGGCUCUUCGAGGUGAAGGGAUUAUUGCCUAA